AUGGCUGAGCCUACAAGAAACGCCCAGACGGGCCUUGACGAGAAGUACGACAACGCGAGCAGCGAUCUCAAGGAGGAUGCGCCUCCUGCUCAAGUCGCGGCGGUCGUCGCCCACGAGAUCGCCCACGAGGUGGACGACAGCAAAUACUCGCCCUGGACGAAGUCCAUGUUCACGCUGUACGGCGUGCUCUUCGUCGCGUACUGCUGCGGCGCUCUCAACGGCUAUGAUGGGUCGCUCAUGGGUGGUCUCAACGGAAUGACUUCGUACCAACGCACCUUCAACAUGACGACCUCUGGUUCAUCUACAGGUAUUGUCUUCAUGAUGUACAACGUCGGCUCUGUCGCGGCCAUCUUCUUCACCGGACCCGUAAACGAUCUCUUCGGUCGUCGUUGGGGCAUGUUGACGGGCGCCAUUAUUAUCAUCAUCGGAACCGCGGUGCAAGCUACCAGCCACGAUAUCCCUCACUUCUUGGGCGGACGCUUCCUCCUCGGCUUCGGUGUUUCCUUCUGCUGCGUAUCUGCGCCCACGUACGUCAGCGAGCUUGCGCAUCCCAAGUGGAGAGGAACCUUGACCGGUCUUUACAACUGCAUGUGGCCUGUUGGCUCAAUCAUUGCCGGUUGGGUUGUUUACGGCGCCUCCUUCAUUCCGGGUGACGACGGCUGGAGAAUCCCCGUCUGGAUCCAGAUGGUCACCAGUGGAAUCGUUGUCUGUUUCGUUCUCUUGCUCCCCGAAAGCCCCCGAUGGCUCGUCGCCAACGACAGACACGAGGAAGCCGCCAAGAUCCUCACCAAGCUCCACGGCGAGAACGACCCCGAACACCCCAUCGUCCAACUGCAGAUGAAGGAGAUGAUGGCCCAGAUCUCGAGCGAAGCCAGCGACAAGAAGUGGUGGGACUACCACGAGCUCUGGAACACCCACUCCGCCCGCAGAAGACUCAUCUGCGUCAUCGGCAUGGCCAUCAUGGGCCAGGCAUCAGGUAACUCGCUGUCGUCGUACUACCUCGUGACGAUGAUGAACACGGCCGGAAUCGUCCAGGAGCAGAAGGUCCUCGCCCUCAACGCAGUCAACAGCGUCCUCGGUCUCCUCGGCAGCGUCGUCGGCGCCCGCCUGACCGACCGCGUCGGCCGCCGCCCUCUUCUCAUCUACAGCAUCCUCUUCUGCAGCAUGACCUUCGCCGUGAUGACGGGAACGUCCAAGAUGGCCGUCGACAACCCGGACAACACCAACGCCGCCAACACGACCAUCGCCUUCGUGUACCUCUUUGGCGUCGUCUUCUCCCUCGGAUGGACCGCCCAGCAGAGCAUGUACAUCGCCGAGACGCUGACAACGACCACCCGCGCCAAGGGUACCGCCGUCGGCAACUUUGCGUCGUCGGCCAUCUCGCUGGUCCUGGCUUACAGCUCCGGGCCCGCGUUUGAGAAGAUCGGAUACUACUUUUACUUGGUGUUCGUGUUCUGGGAUAUCCUUGAGGCGAUCUUCAUCUUUUUCUUCUUCCCCGAGACCAAGGCUCGCACGCUUGAGGAAUUGGAGGAGGUCUUCUCUGCGCCGAACCCCGUCAAGAAGAGCUUGGAGCCCCGCAGUGCUUCGACUGUGUUGGAGACCAUGAAGGUUUCCAACGAGAAGGUGUUGGAUGUGGAGCAUGUAUAG